AUGUCGGCCUCGGGCAAUAACAUGUUGACCAAGUUCGAGUCAAAGUCUUCGCGCGCAAAGGGCAUUGCCUUCCACCCCAAGAGGCCAUGGAUUCUCGUCGCCCUCCACUCGUCUACAAUCCAGCUCUGGGACUACCGCAUGGGAACUCUCAUCGACCGAUUUGAGGAACACGAUGGCCCCGUUCGCGGAAUUGACUUCCACAAGACCCAGCCCCUCUUCGUCUCGGGCGGUGACGACUACAAGAUCAAGCACUCCGCCCCGACCUCCAUGACAAUCGAAGAACAAAUCGCCCGAGCGAAUCAGAACCAGGCCGACAUGUUUGGCAACACCGAUGCUGUUGUCAAGUUUGUACUCGAGGGUCACGACCGUGGUGUCAACUGGGUCGCCUUCCACCCUACAAUGCCCCUCAUUGUGUCCGCGGGCGACGAUCGUCUUGUCAAGCUCUGGCGCAUGAGCGAAACGAAAGCCUGGGAAGUCGAUACUUGCCGUGGCCAUUUCCAGAACGCCUCGGGUUGUCUUUUCCACCCUCACCAGGAUCUGAUUCUCUCCGUGGGAGAGGAUAAGACCGUUCGGGUAUGGGACCUCAACAAGAGGACAGCAGUGCAGACCUUCAAGCGCGAGAACGACAGAUUCUGGGUUAUUGCUGCCCAUCCCGAGAUCAACCUCUUUGCGGCGGGUCACGAUAACGGCGUGAUGGUCUUCAAGCUCGAACGAGAGCGCCCGGCCUCAGCGGUGUACCAGAACAACCUCUUCUACAUCAACAAGGAGAAGCAUGUCAAGUCUUUCGAUUUCCAGAAGAGCAUCGAAAGCCCGACUCUGUUGUCUCUCAAAAAGCUGGGCAGCCCUUGGUCGCCUCCACGAACGAUCUCAUAUAACCCUGCCGAGCGGUCUGUACUAGUUACGUCAACAACCGACAGCGGCUCCUACGAGCUUAUCAGCCUCCCUAAGGAUAGCUCUGGUGCUAUUGAACCGACCGAGUCUAAGCGCGGCUCUGGAAACUCUGCCAUUUUUGUCGCGAGAAACCGCUUUGCGGUUCUAAGUGUGGCCUCCCAGACCAUCGACAUCAAGGACCUUGCGAACAAUGUCACCCGGUCUUUCAAGCCCCCUGUUGGUACGACUGACAUUUACUUUGGCGGCACCGGCAACCUCCUGAUCAUCAACCCCACACACGUUCACCUUUAUGACAUUCAACAGAAAAAGAGUGUUGCCGAGCUCGCCGUCACCGGUGUCAAGUACGUUGUGUGGUCUAAUGACGGCCUCUAUGCUGCGCUUCUCAGCAAACACAACGUGACCAUUGUCACCAAGUCGCUCGAGCAGACUGUCUACCUCGUCCGCGUCAAGGGUCGCAACGUGUACUGCUUGGAUCGUGCUGCCAAACCUAAGGUUCUGCAAAUCGACCCUACUGAGUACCGCUUCAAGCUUGCUCUUGUGAAGAGGAACUACGAGGAGAUGCUUCACAUUAUCAAGAACUCCAGUCUUGUGGGACAGUCUAUCAUCUCGUACCUGCAAAAGAAGGGGUAUCCAGAUAUUGCCCUGCAGUUUGUCGAGGACCCUGCCACCCGAUUCGAACUCGCGAUCGAGUGUGGUAACCUUGAUGUUGCUGUCGAGGUAGCCAAGGAACUGGAUCGACCCAAGCUCUGGACACGUUUGAGCACCGAGGCUCUUUCCCAUGGAAACCACCAGAUUGUCGAGAUGUGCUACCAGAAGCUCAAGCAGUUCGACAAGCUGUCCUUCUUGUAUCUUUCCACCGGCGACCACUCCAAGUUGGCUCGUAUGGCCAAGAUUGCAGAGCACCGUGGCGACUUCACUUCCCGUUUCCAGAACGCCCUAUACCUCGGCGAGGUUGAGGACAGAAUUCAGAUGUUCAAGGAAAUUGAUCUCUACCAGCUCACCAUGCCUUCAAUCGGAGAGCCUUUGUCGCCCCCAAAGCCGGUCGUGCCAACCUACAAGGCCAACUGGCCCACCAAGCCAACCUCACAGUCGAUCUUCGAAACUGCGCUCAACGACCCGGCUGGCGGUGCUCUGGAGGAGGCCACAGCCGGAGUUGACGAAUUUGGUCUUGAUGAAGCUGGUGACAGCACUGCCAAACGCAACGGCAACCUAAUUGAUGUCGAUGACGAUGAGGACGCUGCCGGCUGGGACAUGGGCGACGAUGUCGUUCCCGAAGUCGAGGGCGACUUUGUCAACGUUGAAAGCGCUGACGCCGGCGGUGCUGCCAGCAGCGAGGCCGACCUCUGGGCUCGCAACUCGCCAUUAGCUGUGGACCACGUCGCCGGUGGUUCUUACGAGACUGCGAUGCAACUACUGAACCGACAGGUCGGUGCCGUCAACUUUGCGCCCUUGAAGCCUCGGUUCCUCGAAGUAUACCAGGCCUCCAAAACAUACCUGCCCGCGUCGGCAGGUUUGCCUCCUCUCGUCAACUAUGUGCGUCGCACCGUCGAGGAGACGGACCCAAGGAAGGUUCUUCCCAUUGUGCCACGCGAUCUAGAAUUCCUUGCCACAAACGAUUUGCAAAAGGGCUAUGAUUCGAUGAAAACGAACAAGCUGGAGCAGGGCCUCAAGAUUUUCAAGGGUAUCCUGCACACCAUCCUCGUCAACGCUGUCUCGAGUGAAAGCGAGGUGGCUGAGGCUAAGAAGCUCAUUACCUCGGCCAGCGAGUACGCCGUCGCUAUGGCGGUCGAGCUCGGGCGCCGAGAGCUCGGGGCUCCCGAUGUCGUGUCGCAAAAACCCGAGCUUCUCAAGCGCAGCCUUGAGCUUUCGGCGUACUUCACUAUCCCCAAGAUUGAGGUCCCUCACAGGCAACUCGCACUGCUGAGUGCCAUGCAGCUGGCGGUUAAGAACAAGAACUACAGUUCUGCACUUAGCUUCGCGAACAGGAUCAUCGCCAACGGUGGCGCCACCAAGAUCAUUGAAAACGCCAAGAGGAUCAAGGCUCAGUGCGAGCGUAACCCCCACGACUCGAUCGAACUUGAGUUUGACCAGUUCGCCGAGUUCGAGGUGUGCGCUGCCAGCCACACGCCAAUCUACAGCGGCACGGCGUACGAGGAGUGUGCGUUUGACGGCUCCAAGUACCACAGCAAGUACAAGGGAAGCGUGUGCAGGGUAUGCGAGGUCUGUGAGAUUGGCAAGCAUGGUAGCGGGUUGAAGCUUUUCGCAUAA